UGUCGGUAUGGAAACAUCAACAAUACAGAAACCCAAGCAACACUCUUUUACGACUUUACUUAUCACGAUCUCUCUUCAACUUCUACUCUGGUCCAGCAUAUUUCCUCUCUCAGUUCAAAUCUCUCUUUUCGCUCUCCACGAGGUUGACAAAUCCUUGUAUCUGACUGAUGUUGUCUGCAUCGCGGCANNUAUCGUUUCCUUCGUUUUAUGUUUCACGUAUAAUGUUUCGCGUGAUCCCUUUGCAGCAGGACUGCUUGGAUCAAGGCAGGCCAAUGUCUGCAUAUCUCCAUCAGAUCUCGAGAGAAGAACUCCACGGAUGGUCACCCGGCGUUCGACUAUGUCUUUCAAAUGCCGUUCGAUGCUAUCACCAAUUAUCUCGUCACCGCUGAAGAUAUCAUCACCCCUACGGAUGACGAUGAAUGCCAAUGGCGAGAAGUCUAAUGGCCUUGGUAUCUCGUCACCUCGUCAGUCGAUCGAGAAAUCGCCUCUGCUGGCCAAGACUCCGAGUCUUUCACGUUCACAUACCUCGAACGACAGCGUGGACAGCUCGAACCAGCCUUCAACGGCAUACAUACCACCUUCUCGGGCAUACCAGCCUUCGCGGGUUCCUACGGCAUAUGUUCCUUCACCUCAUGGAACACAUUUGUACUCGCCCAAACAUCUACCAAAGUCAGUUGUCUCUGCAAUGUCAGAAGACACAUCGAAGCAGCAAGCAGCAGCAGGUUUGCGUUCACACCAACGAACCCCUUCAGUGCCACGCCAAUCUCCUAUUGUGCCAAAGCGAGAGCCACCUGUCAUCCCGCGACGAACUUCUUCUGUGUCGCGAUACAUUCCUAUCGAGCUUCAACAAGCCCCUCCUGUAACGCGCCAUAUUCCCAUUGUUCCGCAAAGAGCCCCUACUUUGCCACAAGUAGCACCUACUGCACUACAGCGAGUUUCUGCUGCGGAAGUCACGCCCAUAGAGACGACAAGCGUGUACACAUCACGACGGGUAUCAUCAACAUUCCUGACUCCUACCUCUCACAUGGGUGCCCCUCUAAUGACAAAACCUCCCUCUCCUGAAAGAGAUCUCGAUACCUUUCCAGCAUCCCCACCAGUCCAUAUGCCCCUGACCCGACCUACGAAUCUCUACCAAUCGAGACGGGCACCAACGCCAUACAAUCAUGCAGCACAAGGCAACGGCCCAGUUGCCCCGAGAAGAUUGCCCGUAGCAUAUACACCUUCGAGUCAAUCGCGUGUGCCUUCGUCGCUGUUGGCGCCUCCGCCUUCGAUUAGGCAACUCAACUCUGCUCGCAACAGAGGUGUCAGUUUUGCUUCCAACACAAGCAGUGUGUACAGUCGACAUGUAUCAGAUCCCAAACUCGGAGGUUGGAAC